GAGAGCCGCGCCGGGGCUGCGCAGGGCGGGUGGAGCAGCCGCGGGAGGCGUUGGAGAGCGCGAUGGCGGCGGCGGCGGCGGCGGCGGCCCAGGAGGCUUCGGAGAGGCAUUGCUGGGUGUGUUUUGCCACUGAAGGAGAUGACCGGUCAGCGGAGUGGGUCUGCCCCUGCCGUUGCAAAGGAUCCACCAAGUGGAUCCACCAGGCCUGCCUCCAGAGAUGGCUGGAUGAGAAGCAAAAGGGCAACAGUGUUGGCAGCGUGAGUUGCCCCCAGUGUGGGACUGAGUAUCGCAUCGUCUUUCCUAAAGUAGGACCUCUGGUCUAUUUCUUGCAGCAAGUGGACCGGGUUUUAUCCAAAGUGAGCCCUUUUGCUGCUGCUGGCAUUGUGGUGGGGACACUGUACUGGUCGGCAGUGACUUAUGGGGCUGUGACUGUGAUGCAGGUGGUCGGCCAUAAAAAGGGGCUGGAUGUGAUGGAGCGAGCUGAUCCCCUCUUCCUGCUCAUGGGGCUGCCGACCAUUCCAGUCAUGCUGGUGCUGGGCAAGAUGAUCCGCUGGGAAGACUACGUGCUCCGGGUGUGGCGGAAAUAUUCUAGCAAGCUCCAGGUCCUGCAUUCCUGGGUCCCAGGGACCAGCCGUCCAGUCCCACCACUACCUCUAGCUGAGUCACGCUACCAGAGUGACCACCUUUCCAUCUCGCGCACCUUGUGUGGGGCCCUGGUGUUCCCAACUAUCGCCAACCUUGUGGGCCGGGUCACCUUUCGGAGAGUCAACUCCAACCUGCAACGUACCAUCCUGGGUGGCAUUGCCUUUGUGGCCAUCAAGGGAGCAUUGAAAGUUUAUUUUCGCCAACAGCAGUACUUAAUCCAAGCCAACCGGCGCAUCCUCAACUGGGACGCGGAAAAGGACUUGGCUCAGCCCGAGGAAGACAGCGGCAGUGAAGUGGGGCUCAGCUAGGAAGAACGUUGUCUAGGCGUCUGCGGAUGUUUCCACUCCUCCAGAAUAAGCAGAUUCUUCUCUGGAAUAGAUCGUAGCUCAUCUAGCAUCACUCUUGAAGGAAACGCCUUCCAGGCCUCCCAGAUGUGGCUGCUAUGUGUGGAGGGGAGAGGCUGACGAGGCUGGAUGAGCCAAAUCUCUGAGAUCUGUAUCAGUAAACAGUGCUCGUUUUCAA